UGGUCACACCUACAGCGCUGCACAAAAUCAGCUGACAUAUGUACGUAUAUCUUAGUAUACGUGAGGAAGCGAUGAUAUUUAUUCAGUUGACUUAGGAACUUUGUAGUGUGAACGUGUCGCAUUGUUAUUCCACUGAUUUCUCAUUCGUAAUAGAGGUGAACUGCCGUGUUUGUUAGGUAUUCGCAAUAAAAUGGAUCCCAAAUUUGUGCGAGGUUUCUCUCUCAAAGAAGCCUUAGAUAUAGUAUAUAACGACGAAGAAGAUAGCAAUGGUGUGUGUGACAUUUACAUAUCACCGCCGGAACCAAAUGUACUGACAGAUGAAGAUUCGGGUGAUGAAGAAGGCGGGGAAAUGGAUAAUUUAUCACGUGGCCAAUUAUCAACUGCAGCAGAAAUCCGACUUUCUGACAAUUCGCGCAUAACUGGCUUCGAAGAUGUUUCAAAUGAAGAAGGCAGUGAAGGAGACAAUAGUUUAUUAGAAAGUGAAGUUAGUCAGAUUGAAAAAUGUGGUCCAAGCACUAGUUCAAACAAGAGCACCAAAAAGACGAAUUCAACGAAGAAGCCGCAGAAGAAAGUGAAAGAAACACUCAAAAGAACUUGGAUCGAGGGCGAUCUUCUAAAAACGACAGCAGUAUUUCCACAGCCAGACUAUACCAAUUUUAUAGGAAAAUCCCCAACAGAUUUAUUUGAAUUGUUUUUCGACGACGACAUUGUUCGUAUGUUAGUAGAAGAAUCAAAUAAAUAUGCGCUCUUCCUAAACCAUCCAGAUCCGAAAAUAGAAUCUGAUGAAAUGAAGUGUUUCAUCGGUAUACUUAUUUUGACCGGGUAUAACUCUCUUCCCGGAAAAUGUUUUUACUGGGAUUCAGAAUCGGACAUGGGAAAUCAAUUAGUAAAGGAAGCAAUGCGUAGGGACAGAUUUCGACAGAUAAUGCGUUUUUUACAUUGUGCCGAUAAUACCAAACCCAAUUACAAAGACAAAAUGUGGAAACUUAGGCCGCUCAUUGAAAAACUUCAAAAAAAUUAUUUGAAAUAUUUUAAGCCGACAGAAAAUAUGAGUUACGACGAAUGUAUGGUGAAAUACUAUGGCAGACACAGCUGCAAACAGUUUAUUCGCGGAAAACCGAUAAGAUUUGGCUAUAAAGUAUGGAGUUUGAAUGCCGAAAACGGCUACCUAAUCAACUUCGAUAUAUAUCAGGGAAGUAAUCCGAAGUCGGUUACUGAAUAUGACAAUAAAUUUGGAAAAGCUACUUCUCCAUUACUAAUAAUGCUAGACUCCUUGCCAGAUAGAAAUCUUCGUUAUCAAAUUUAUACAGACAAUUUGUUUACGAGUUUCAAUCUUUUGACGGAGCUAAAGCAAAGAGGCUAUGGAGUUACAGGAACCGUUAGAGAAAAUAGGGUUCCAAAGGACUGCCCAAUAACUUCUAAAUUAGACAUGAAGAAAAAAAAAAGAGGUUCUAUCGAGUCUAAAAUUUCAAAAGAUGAAGGUGUGAUACUAGUGCGUUGGACUGACAAUGCCCCUGUUACCAUGGCUUCAACUUCUUAUGGAAUUGAACCCACUUCUUUGGUGAAAAGAUAUUCACAGUCCGAGAAGAAAAUUAUUCAAAUUCCCCAGCCACGUCUUAUAAAUGCCUAUAAUAAAUAUAUGGGUGGGACAGAUCGGAUGGACGAAGAUAUUGCGCGCCAUAGAAUAGGUAUCAGAAGUAAGAAAUGGUAUUGGCCGUUACUUACUUGGCUUAUAGAUACCGCAUUACACAAUGCAUGGAUACAGUAUAAAAGUGCAGGUAAUUCAAUUACUAAUCUGAAUUUCAGAAGAGAAAUUGUAAAGGUAUACCUAAAUAGGUUUAAAACUGCCCCAAAAAGAUAUGGAAGACCAACAACGAGUAGAAAUAGUGUCUCCAUGAAUAGGAUUUCGGAUGAUAUCAGGUAUGACCAUAAGGACCACUUAGUUGUUCCAGUUCCAAAUAACAAGAGGAGAAGAUGUGCCGGAGAAGGAUGCUCCUCUGUUGGUCGAACACAGUGCAAUAAAUGUGAUUUGGGACUAUGUGUGGAAUGUUUUUAUAUAUUUCACAUUAAAUAAUUUGUUCGACAUUUCUGUAUUCAUAUUGGGCUAGUGUGACCAUAUGGUUACGCCAUUUUUUUGAGAAAAAUAAAGGAAAAAAAUGCAUAAUUCUUAUUCUACCCAACACUGAUAAAUGGAAUUCACUCAAUAGAAUCGCUAAAUUUGCUCUCUUGAAAAAAUAAUAAUUCCGCCUUUGAAGGGUUAAA